AUGAAAUUAAACAUCAAAGAACAGUUGCAGAGGAUUGAAUUUCCCAAAACAACCGACAUGAAAUCGCCGUCUCAACCCGUUAAGACAAAGGAUACUCCGAAGAAAGUGAAGUCUACUCCAAAUGACAACUCGACAACACGACCUCCUUCAUAUUGUGAACACAUCGACAAACACUUUCCCGAUUCACCUACUCUGAAAUCGCAAAAAUCUCAAAAGAUUUCAAACAAGGGAGCUCGCUUAAGCAAACAGCCUCUGAAACCUAUUCCACCGCAAGUUCCGCAAGUUUCGACUCUGUUUCUGACACUUAUUAAUCCAAAAGUUCCAAUUCCAACACCUAUUGCUCCAUCAAUCGAAGAGGUACAAAUUGCACCAAAAAUUCCAUUCAUUGACGAGAUGCCGGUUUUUAUACAUAAAUACAUCGACUGGAUCGUCAAUGUGGCAGGGGACGGUAAUUGCGGAUUCCGGGCCGUAUCGGCUUUGCUUGGUAAGGGAGAGGAUGCCCAUGAGCUUGUCCGUUAUGAUCUUAUCGAAGAGUUGGUGAACCAUAAAGACUCGUACAGGCGGGUAUUUGGAGACGAAACCAAAUUUGAAUCGGUUAACGAAGCUCUUGUCCCUUGGGGGGAGCCUACGUACCGGUUUCGCAUUGGAUGA